CUUUGAAUAGGUUGUUUGUUGUGCAGGAUGGCGACUGCCAAGGCUUGGGUUCUGAAGAAGCAUUUUGAAGGUUUCCCCAAACCCAGCGACUUUGACCUGAAAAAGAUAGAGCUGCCCAAACUAAAGGAUGGAGAGAUCCUUCUGGAAUCAGAGUUUCUCAGUGUUGAUCCUUACAUGAGACCUUACAGUAAAAGGGACAUGAAGGAAGGAGACAUAAUGAUAGGUACACAAGUUGCCAGGGUUAUAGAAAGCAAGAAUCCUGCAUUUGUCAUGGGAUCCUUUGUGGUAGCUAAUGCUGGUUGGAGAAAUCAUUUCAUCUCCAGUGGGAAAGAUCUUCGUGCUUUUCCUUCUGCCUGGCCUGAAUCUCUCCCCAGAUCUCUAGCUCUCGGGACAGCCGGCAUGCCUGGACUUACUGCGUAUUUUGGUCUGUUUGAAGUCUGCAAGAUAAAGCCAGGAGACACAGUGCUGGUCAAUGCUGCAGCUGGAGCUGUGGGCUCUGUGGUGGGACAACUUGCUAAAAUUGGAGGUUGCAAAGUGGUUGGCUGUGCUGGCUCAGAUGAAAAGGUUGCUUAUCUGAAAAAAAUUGGCUUUGAUGAAGCCUUCAAUUACAAGACCAUUACAUCUUUGGAGGAAGCACUGCAUAAAGCCUCUCCUGAUGGCUACGACUGUUUCUUUGAUAACGUGGGUGGAGAAUUUGCCAGUGUAGCCAUUCACCAGAUGAAGAAGUAUGGAAGGAUUGCGGUCUGUGGAGCUAUCUCUUUGUACAAUGACUUAGUGCCUCAGACAGGACCUUAUGUUCAGUAUCCCAUGAUCUUCAAAGAGCUUCAAAUGGAAGGGUUUCUUGUUUCCCGCUGGAUUAACCGCUGGGGGGAAGGUCAGCAGGCACUCCUAAAAUGGAUCCUAGAGGGAAAAAUUAAGUGCCAUGAAAAAAUCACUGAUGGAUUUGACAACAUGCCAGCAGCUUUCAUUGGAAUGUUAAAAGGAGAAAAUCUUGGAAAAGCCGUUGUAAAGGUCUGAAGGUCACACAUAGCCAGUUCCUGAAAUAUUGCCAC